AUGGGAUCUGUCGAUUUCCAAGAAGAUGUCCAGGAGUCUCCCCCAAAAACACCUUUGAUCGGAGAUGCUCCAGACGGGGGGCUUACGGCAUGGUUGCAAGUCCUGUGUGGCCAUCUGAUUGUUUUCAAUGUCUGGGGUUACAUCACUUCCUAUGGCAUCUUUCAGUCCUACUAUACCACCUCUCUGAAUCGCAAUGCCUCGGAUAUUUCCUGGGUCGGCUCGCUACAGAUCUUCUUCGUCUACUUCCUUGGAACCUUCUCCGGCCGAGCCAUGGAUGCGGGCUAUCUCCGCAUCACCCUGGGCGCAGGCCUGUUCCUACAGUUGCUGGGCGUCUUUAUGACCUCGCUGGCCACUAGCUAUUGGCAGCUACUGCUCUCUCAGGGUAUCUGUCAGGGCAUCGGGGACGGACUGCUAUUCUGCCCUAUCGUCGCUUUGAUGUCCACCUAUUUCACGCGGAAGCGCACCAUAGCCAUCUCUAUCUCCGCAUGUGGUGGGGCCACCGGCGGCCUGGUAUUCCCCGCUAUCGCGCAGACCCUCCUGCACCGCAUCGGCUUCGCCUGGACUAUACGUGUCAUGGGCUUUGUGCUCCUGUUCAAUGCAGUGGUUAUCCUGGCCUGUGUGCGGCAGCGGCUGCCCCCGCGAAAGUUGGGCCCUUUGAUCGAGUUCAAAGCGUUCACCGAUCUUUCCUACACUUUCUUCGCGUUGGGGACGUUUUUUUGCUUUUGGGCCGUCUACUAUGCCUAUUAUUAUGUUAGUUCAGCCCCAUCUAGUGUUUCCUUCCUGUCACUUUUGUGGUUCAUCGUAACUGACCAAUAUGCCCAGGUCCGCUCGUUCAGCCGAGAUAUCAUAGGCGUCUCUGAUUACACCUCCUUCUCCAUCCUGAUGAUCAUGAACGGGCUAGGCUUGCCCGGCCGUCUAAUCCCAGCGUACCUUUCGGACCGGUACUGCGGCCCCGUCAACACAUUUAUUCCAGUCAGCGCCACAGCGGCCAUCCUACUAUACUGCUGGGCUGCUAUUGAAUCUUACGGGGGUCUCACAGCCUUCGUUGUGAUUUACGGCUUCUUCGGUGGCGGCGUGCAGAGUCUCUUCCCAUCGGCGCUAGCGAGCUUGACGGACGAACCGAGCAAGGCCGGAGUCCGUAUCGGGAUGAUCUUCUCUAUUGUUAGUGUCGCCUCUUUGACCGGGCCUCCGAUCGCAGGAGCCCUCAUCGAUCUCCACGGGGGUCAGUAUCUAUUUGCGCAGCUCUUCGGGGGAACCUCCAUGAUGAUAGGUUGUCUCCUGCUUAUUAUGGCGCGAUACUCUAAGUGUGGCAUGAAUUUAUACCAGCGGAUGUAG